CUGGUGCAAGGCAUCAGCGGUGACAGGAACUCGCUAGGCUACUUCGGUUACUCAUACUACGCGGCCAAUACCGAUAAGCUAAAGCUGGUAGCGGUCGACAGCGGGAACGGUUGCGUGACCCCGUCGCUCGACACUAUCGCGAGCGGACAGUACACACCUCUGUCGAGGCCGCUGUUCAUAUACGUAAGCAGCGAGAGCCUGCAGAGGCCUGAGGUCAAGGGAUUCGUCGAGUUCUACAUGCUGCACGGUCAGCAGUUGACUGGCGAAGUCGGAUACGUGCCGCUGGCGACCCAUGCGUACCAGAACAACCUGAACGUAGUGCAGGCGUCCGUCCGUCCCGAAGGGUCCCUCACUGGGACGAUUGAGAUCGACGGCUCAAGUACCGUCGCCCCGAUUACAGAAGCUGUCGCAGAAGAGUACCGUAAGGAACAACCCGGCGUGCUCGUGAACGUUGGCAUCUCAGGCAGCGGCGGCGGUUUCAAGCGAUUCACCGCUGGCGAGACCGACAUCUCCGAUGCCUCCAGAGCCAUCAAGGACAGUGAGGCGUCCGCCGCCAAGGAAAACGGCAUCGAGUACUACGAGUUCCUGGUGGGCGUUGACGGCUUGUCCGUCAUGGUCAACCCUCAGAACGACUUUGUGAACUGCAUGACCACCGAGCAGUUGAACAUGCUCUGGAAGCCUGAGAGCACGAUCGAUUCGUGGAACGACCUCGACCCGUCUUGGCCUGACAGGCAGAUCAACCUAUACGGACCGGGAACGGACUCCGGGACGUUCGACUACUUCACCGAAGAGAUUAACGGCGAGUCGAAGCUGUCACGAGCGGAUUACACGGCCUCGGAGGACGACAACGUCCUGGUCCAGGGCGUCAGUGGUGACCGGAACUCACUCGGCUACUUCAGCUUCGCAUACUACGCAGCCAACGCCGACAAGCUGAAGCUAGUUGCGGUCGAUAGCGGAAACGGCUGUGUCACGCCGUCUCUCGACACCAUCGCAAACGGGAGCUACUCUCCCCUGUCGAGGCCGCUGUUCAUAUACGUGAACAAGUCCAGUCUCGAAAGGCCCGAGGUCAGAGACUUCGUGAGGUUCUACAUGCUAAACGGGCAGUCGCUAACGGCCGACGUAGGGUACGUUCCGCUGUCAAAGCAGUCCUACCAGAACAACAUGGCCCUGUUGAAGUAG